GCAAUGGAAACGACGCCGUUCAAUUCUCUGAUUCCAUUUUAGCGGGUUUAGAUUUUGUAACAGGUAGAAAAGGGUUUUUAAGUUUCUUCUUUUUCAGUUGGAGAGCAAAGAUGCCUUCAAUGGCGCAAACCCAAAAGCCCAACGGCAACCUCUCCUUUAACCACACCAAUAACAACAACAAUAACAACAAACCCAACUUCUUUUCUAGGAGACAAAAGAUUUUAGAGCAGCGGAAGUCCCUUCCUAUUGCUUCAGUUGAGAGAAGACUUAUUGAGGAGGUUCGAAAACAUGAUAUUUUGAUUAUUGUUGGUGAAACAGGAAGUGGGAAAACAACCCAGAUACCUCAGUUUUUAUUCAAUGCUGGGUUCUGUCGUGAUGGGAAAUGUAUUGGGGUAACGCAGCCUAGGCGUGUUGCUGCUGUUACCGUUGCAAAAAGGGUAGCUGAUGAAUGUGGUGUUGAGUUAGGCCAGAAAGUUGGGUAUUCUAUUAGGUUUGAGGAUGUCACUUCUAGCUCAACAAGGAUCAAGUACAUGACAGAUGGAUUACUUCUUAGGGAGGCACUUUUGGAUCCUUAUCUUAGUAGGUAUUCAGUGAUAAUUGUUGAUGAAGCUCAUGAGAGAACUGUCCACACUGAUGUAUUGUUGGGUUUACUGAAAAGGGUACAAAACGUGAGGUCCAAAUAUAUAAAAGACCACACUAGUGUUGGUCAUAAGAGGGCAAGCAAUGGUGCAAUAUUGGAGAAAGAAAAUGCGGAUCCAUCCAUCAGUAUUUUAAAGCAAUGCCAGGGAAGAAAAUUAACACCUUUGAAAGUAAUCAUAAUGUCUGCCAGCUUGGAUGCACGUGUUUUCUCUGAAUACUUUGGUGGUGCAAGAGCCGUUCACAUUCAAGGGCGACAGUUUCCAGUGGAUGUAUUUUAUACUGUUGAUCCCCAGACAGAUUAUUUAGAUUCAGCUAUUGUCACCAUAUUCCAGAUUCAUUCAGAGGAGGCGCCUGGUGACAUUCUUGUAUUUUUGACUGGGCAAGAAGAGAUUGAAUCUGUUGAAAAACAAAUCCAGGAGAAUUUAAAACAAUUACCUGAAGAUAGGCGAAAAAUAUCAACAGUUUCUAUAUUCUCAUCUCUUCCUUCAGAACAGCAAAUGCGAGUUUUUGCACCUGCUCCUGCAGGGUUCCGUAAGGUUAUACUGGCAACCAAUAUUGCGGAGACAUCAGUGACAAUUCCUGGAAUUAAGUAUGUUAUAGAUCCUGGAGUUGUUAAAGCACGCUCCUAUGAUCCAGUCAAAGGGAUGGAAUCGUUGAUUAUUGUUCCAACCUCAAAAGCACAAGCAAUCCAGAGAAGUGGACGUGCAGGGCGUGAAGGACCUGGGAAGUGUUUCCGUCUCUACCGAGAGAGUGAGUUUGAGAAGCUUGAGGAUUCAACCAAGCCUGAGAUUAAGCGGUGCAACCUCUCGAAUGUCAUUUUGCAACUUAAGGCCCUUGGCAUCGAUGAUAUAUUUGGGUUUGACUUCAUAGAGAAACCCUCAAGGGCAGCUAUUAAAAAAUCAGUGGAGGAGUUGAUCUUGCUAGGCGCUUUUACAGAUGAAUACAAACUAUCAGAUCCAGUUGGUCAUCAAAUGGCUCGGCUUCCAUUAGAUCCCAUUUAUUCUAAAGCUCUCAUCCUAGCUAGCCAGUUCAACUGCCUGGAAGAAAUGUUGAUUGCUGUUGCAAUGCUCUCAGUAGAAUCUAUUUUUUAUGAGCCACGUGAGAAGUUAGAUGAAGCAAGAACUGCAAAGAAAUGCUUUGCAAGUCCUGAGGGAGACCAUCUCACUUUGAUUAAUGUAUAUCGAGCAUCUAAUGAGUUAUUGGAGAAAAAUUCAGAGGUUGGCAAGGAAAAGCGUAUAAAAAUUCUCAGAAAAUGGUGCAAGGAAAAUUUUAUCAAUAGCCGUUCUUUAAGACAUGCCCGUGACAUCCACAGUCAAAUCUGGCGACAUGUUGAACAGAUGGGCCUUUGUAUUUCUUCUUGUGGAGAUGACACACUUCAGUUCCGCAGAUGCCUUGCAGCUGCUUUUUUCCUCAAUGCGGCUUUGAAGCAGCCUGAAGGAACAUACAGGUUGACGAAGGGAAGGCUUUUUCCAUUCAUGAACAUUGGCAUCUCUGCUGAAGCAAUCCAAACUGCAGAUCUCAAGAAGUUGACAGCAUAUUUGAGUUGAUAGUAGGACUUACAGUUUACCAACUCCCUCCACAUGACAGGCUAGUUUUUACCAGUUUUAGUUGUUUGUAUUUUCUUCAUACAAUCACAUUCCUCUACCUGUAAAGUUACAAAGCCAAUUGGCUGCCUGCCCCUCGUGUAGUUGUUGCUCCUCAUUUUAGAAUCAAGAAUACCUGUAAAGCCUUAAGAGUAUUGAUUAAACCUAGUUUGCUUGAAUCAUAAAUAUUCUUAUUAUUAUUUUUAA